AUGGGGCUACACGAUAGAGAAGGAUUACUGAAGAGACAGAGGUUGAAUGCUUAUACGCUGUUUAUUCUAUGUACGCUGGGAUUAGGCUCGCUCACUUAUGGCUACACAGCAUCGAUUAUAGGCACCACACUUGGCCAGCCGUCAUUCAUCCAGUAUUUCGAGCUUGACACCAGGCCAAAUGCAACAGAUCUCAUCGCCUCGACGAAUGGGCUCUUCCAAACCGGCGGUGUCCUUGGCACUCUAUUCCUGCCAUGGGUCUGCGACAAAUACGGACGUCGAUGGGCUUGUGCACUGUCCGCCUUCCUCGCCCUGCUAUCCGGUGCUUUCCUUGCCGGCAGCGUACACAUCGGCAUGUUCCUCGCCUUCGGCUUUGUGGCCGGCGCUUCAGCAUUCAUGAUCCUCGCAGCCGUACCCAUCCUGAUGAACGAGAUCGUGCCUGUCCAUCUCAGAGGCGCCCUCGUCGAUGUUCAUGCCGUCAUGCUUGUGCUCGGCUACACGAUCCAAGGCUGGGUCGGUUUCGGAUUCUUCUUCUGGAAGACCACGAGCAACAAUACAUGGCGACCACCUGUUGCGAUCCAGUGCUUUUGGCCGCUAUGUCUUCUCAUUGCCUUGCCGUUCAUGCCAGAGAGUCCAAGAUGGCUGUGUAUGAAGGACCGGCACGAAGAGGCGCGGGCUGUUCUCUUCCGAUUACACGCUGAUCCGACGGAUCCAGAAAAUGAAGUUGCAAAUGCAGAGUUCUAUCAGAUUCAGAAGCAAAUUGAGAUCGAUCGGACACUUGGUAGCUCGUGGGUGCAAAUGUGGAAGAAGCCAUCGUAUCGGAAACGUGCCUUCCUCGCCAUUGGCACGACUGGUAUCGUACAAUGCUCCGGCGUCCUCGUCAUCAACAACUACGGCCCAUCCCUCUACUCCCAACUCGGUUUCUCACCCACCAAGCAACUCCUGUAUCCCGCGGCCUGGCUCACCUUCGCACUCGGCAUGAACGUCAUGGGCAUGUUCUUCGUCGACCGCUUCCCACGUAACAAAUACAUCGCUUUCGGAGUAUUGGGAUGCAUGGCUACUCUCAUCGUUGAAGCAGCACUGGUUGCACAAUACGUGCCGAGCGACAACAACGCGGCAUUGCAGGCUGCUGUCGCUAUGUUCUUUAUUUUCCAAGUCUUCUACGGCCUCUGCCUCGACGGCACGCAAUUCUCCUACCUCGGCGAGAUCUUCCCCACGCACCUACGCGCCAAAGGCGUCUGUCUCGGCGUAUCCAUGAUCUCUCUCAUGAACAUCAUCUGGCUUCAAAGCGCCCCCACCGCCUUCGCCACCAUCGGCUGGAAGUUUUACUUGUGCUUUAUCAUUCCGGGAACGAUCGGUGGAGUGGUGAUGUGGGUGUGGUUUCCCGACACGUUGGGGAGGCCGUUGGAGGAGGUGGCGGAGAUCUUUGGGGAUAAGGACGAGGUGGCGGUUUAUAUGCGGGACUUGGAGGUGGAUUGGGAGAGGAAGAAGGUGACUGGGGGGGUGAGGGAGGAGGUGGAGGGCGAUGGGAAAGGGGUUUUGGUCGAGAAGACGGGAGAUGGGGUGGAGAGUCGGCAUGUCGAUUGA